AUGGUCAAAGAUCUUGAUCCCAGCAUCAACGAAAGCACAUUCUUGCUGCAAGCCUUGGAAGAAAAACGACGCAUCGACGGCCGUGGUAUCUACGAUGUACGAUCUAUCGACAUAACGUUUGGUGCUGAUUAUGGCCAGGUCAAUGUACAACUGGGACGCACAAGAGUGGCUGCAAGAGUCACUGCCAAGGUGGAGCGGCCGCGUGCUGAUAAACCCACAGAAGGUGUCUUGAUAUUCAAUACAGAGAUAUCCCCAAUGGCAAGUCCUGUUUUCGAAUCUGGAAGCCGUCCUGAAGAAGAAGUAUUGAUCAGCCGCAUUGUUGAGAAGGCAUUACGGCGUAGCAGAGCUAUUGAUACCGAGGGCUUAUGUAUUGUUGCUGGUGAAAAGGUGUGGGCUAUUCGAGUGGAUCUCCACUUUUUGGAUCAUGAUGGUAAUAUUAUCGAUUGUGCUGGUAUCGCUGCUAUUGCUGCCCUUUUGCAUUUCCGACGACCUGAUGUCACAGUCAUUGGCGAAGAAGUAACAAUCCAUCCUGUGGAUCAACGUAAUCCUGUGCCAUUGAGCAUUCACCAUAUCCCUAUAUGCGUCACAUUUGCGUUCUUUGACAAAGGUCAAUUGAUGGUUGUGGAUCCUAAUUAUCUCGAAGAAAAGGUGCGAGUGGGCACAAUGACGAUCACCAUGAAUAUCCACAAAGAAAUAUGCGCAUUGUCCAAAGCAGGAGGUAUACCAUUGGAAAUGGAUCAAGUGUUGCGUUGCUCCCAAAUUGCUGUCGUCAAGGUGAGCGAGACCACUGAAUUGAUUCAAAAGGCUCUUGAAGAAGAUAAAGCUGCCAGAGCACAAAAGACAGGAACCAAAGUAAAAUAA